AAGAAAGUGACUUUUGAAGAUGUAGCUACUGACUUCACCCAGGAAGAGUGGGCCAUGAUGGACACAUCCAAGAGAAAGCUGUACAGAGAUGUAUUGCUGGAAAACGUCAGUCACCUGGUGUCCCUUGGGUACCAGACAAGCAAAUCCUAUAUAAUUUUGCAGCUGGAGCAAGGAAAAGAGCUCUGGCGGGAAGGAAGAGAAUUUCUUCAAGGCCAGAAUCGGGGCAAGGAAAGUGCCCUUAAGAAAAAACACACGAUAUCCAUGCAUCCUAUCAGAAAAGAUGCAUCCACCGGUAUGACAAUGGAGAACUCUCUCCUUCUGGAGGAUCCCUUUGAAUGUAAUGAUUUGGGAGAAGAUUGCACUCAUAGUUCCACAAUGACUCAGUGUUUGUUAACUCAGAGUGGAACGAAACCCUACAUCAGCAAACAGUGUGGAAAAUCCCUUAGUAAUCAGUUGUCCCCUAAACCACAUAAACGAAUUCAUACUAAAGGUAAAUCAUAUCAAUGUAAUAUAUGUGAAAAGGCCUAUACUAAUUGCUUUCACCUUAGACGGCACAAGAUGACUCACACCGGAGAGCGGCCCUAUGCAAGUCAUCUAUGUGGAAAAUCCUUCACUCAGUGU